GCCCCAAGACUCCGCCUUCCCAGGAGCCCCUGCGGCCCGGCGCGAAGAUGGCGGCAGCGGCGGCGGCAGGGCUUCCUUGAAGCAGCUGCGAUGGAGCCUCCCCCGGCCCCGGGGCCGGAGCGGCUCUUUGACUCGCACCGGCUCCCAGGUGACGGCUUCCUGCUCCUCGCGCUGCUGCUCUACGCGCCCAUCGGGUUCUGCCUCCUCGUCCUGCGUCUCUUUCUGGGGAUCCACGUCUUCCUGGUCAGCUGCGCGCUGCCGGACAGCGUCCUUCGCAGGUUCGUGGUACGGACCAUGUGUGCAGUGCUGGGGCUGGUGGCUCGGCAGGAGGACUCCGGACUUAGGGAUCACCGCGUCAGGGUCCUCAUUUCCAACCACGUGACACCUUUCGAUCACAACAUAGUCAACCUGCUCACCACCUGUAGCACCCCUUUGCUCAGUAGUCCCCCCAGCUUUGUGUGCUGGUCUCGGGGCUUCAUGGAAAUGGAUAGGCAGGGGGAGUUGGUGGAGUCACUCAAGAGAUUCUGUGCUUCUACGAGACUUCCCCCUACCCCUCUACUGCUGUUUCCUGAGGAAGAGGCCACCAAUGGCCGGGAAGGACUCCUGCGCUUCAGUUCCUGGCCAUUUUCUAUCCAGGAUGUGGUACAGCCUCUUACCUUGCAAGUUCAGAGACCCCUGGUCUCUGUGACGGUGUCAGAUGCCUCCUGGGUCUCAGAACUGCUGUGGUCACUUUUCGUCCCUUUCACGGUGUAUCAAGUAAGGUGGCUUCAUCCUGUUCAUCGCCAGCUGGGGGAGGGGAAUGAGGAGUUUGCACUUCGAGUACAACAGUUGUUGGCCAAGGAAUUGGGACAAACAGGGACACGCCUCACACCAGCAGACAAAGCAGAACACAUGAAGCGACAAAGACACCCCAGACUGCGCCCCCAGUCAGCCCAGUCUUCUUUCCCUCCCUCUCCUGGCCCUUCUCCUGAUGUACAACUGGCAACUCUGGCUCAGAGAGUCAAGGAAGUUUUGCCCCAUGUGCCACUGGGUGUCAUCCAGAGAGACCUGGCUAGAACUGGCUGUGUAGACUUGACCAUCACUAAUCUGCUUGAGGGGGCUGUGGCUUUCAUGCCUGAAGACAUCACUGAGGGAACUCAGUCUCUGCCCACAGCCUCCACCCCAAAGUUCCCCAGCUCUGGCCUGGUGACCCCUCAACCCACAGCCCUAACAUUUGCCAAGUCUUCCUGGGCCCGUCAGGAGAGCCUACAGGAGCGCAAGCAGGCACUAUAUGAAUAUGCAAGAAGGAGAUUCAGAGAGAGACAGGCCCAGGAGGCUGACUGAGCUCAAAGGAACAGGAUGGCACCCAGAGCCGCAGGACGGAGACUGGGGGCAGCCCUUACCCAACUCACAAAAGGCCGGAUGAGUGGGUGGUAAAAAGGGAGGGAUGGGGCUCCCCCAAUCUCACAUUAAAUUCAGGGUUUUCACUCAA